UUUACUGUUUUUGAACAUUCAAAAUGUUGUGCUGUUUUAAAGACAAAACAAAGCACAAUCACAAAACACACAAACCCAAUACACAGUAUGUAUCAUCUGCGAGAUAUUCUAAUUCUACUGUGCCAAAAACCGCCAUGGCACCACCAAAAAAAUACUACUACAAUCACGCAGAAAUUGCAAAUGCAUCCUCAAAUCGCCACCCGCCUUACUUUCAGUUUCAGGCACAUGAUAAGCGAAGCCAUCACCUCGCUGAAGGAUAGACAUGGUUCGAGCCAGCCUGCCAUAGCAAAAUUCGUUGAGCGAAAGUACCGAGAAUUGCUUCCACCAAAUUUCAAGAAACUCCUGUCUAUUCAGUUGAAGAAGUUUGUGAAAUCAGAGAAGCUAACCAAAGUGAAGAACUCCUAUAAGAUCUCUGCUCCCGAAAAAGUGGUCGUAAAAUCUGCAAGGAAGAUCCAGCCCGAGGCAACUGCUACGAGGAGGGCUGCGGCCAAGAAAAGCAAUGCUCGUGGACAUGGACCCAGCACGAACAAAAGGAGGGCAAAUGAGAAGGCCUUGAAGAAGAUGAAGAGGCUGAGUCAAGUGGAGACUCCCGAGGCUUUGGAGAAAAAUUCUAGAGGAUUGGUCACGACCGUCAAGGGGUCCAUUACUGGAGCAAAGAUGAAGCGGUUGCGUCAGGUGAAGACCCCCGAAACACUGAAAAAGAAGAAUGCAGCCAGCAUUCCUGCGAAGAAGAUCAAGUUAUUACCAACUCCAUGUCUUCAAAAUCACCAAACGCUGCUAGGCCCGAUUGCCAAGAAAACUAGGAAAUGAUCGUAUUCAUUUCAUAUGAUCCAAUUAUAGUUGAAUGAUCCAUGAAUGAUUGUGAACUAGUAGUGCUACAUACAUCUAGUUGGAGUGUCUGGUUAGGCUAAGUAUUUCUACGGUUAAUUGCACUUUGCAUACCCGAAUUAUUUGCAGUUGGCAUUUUGCCCCGUAA